AUGAUGAUGGAUUCCAACAUAAUGGCAUUGAUCAGUAGAGUACUCUCCAACAAGUACAUUCGAUCAGAGUUGUUUAGACAUGUGUCCUUGAUACACAGACAGUUGGGAAUCAAAGUCUUCCAAUCAUCAGAUAUCGUAUCACUAUAUCAUUGUGUACGAAUUAGAGACACUGCCAAGUUCAUCCGUCACUGUGAUCAGUUGGACAUCAGUAUCCAUUCACCUCAAGAUUUGCUCGACACGAUCAACAAUGCAUACUAUAAUGCGUUGAUAAUGCAGAAUGAUAGAUUGGUGACUUAUAUCAUUGAGCGAUUCAGACGAGGCAGCAACACUACAAAGGACAAGUUCGUUGAAUAUGUUAGAAAGUCAUUUUUCAACUUCAUAGGCACCAUUGAUCACUUGAAGCUCAGUCGACCAAUGAUACAUGCCUUGAUCAACUAUCUACCAGACGUGGCACCUCUCACGAUCGUUCAUUUCAUGAUGAAGUCUGUCUGGCAGGACCACGGCGACUAUGACCUGCUCACAUCGAUCUCUUCGUUUCUUGGGUCGCGCAGUCCGCCCUGCAUUGAUCGUUGCAUCGUCUUUGGUUAUAAGAUGGACUACAAUCCAUUGUUCACCAGACACCAAUCACGAAUCAUUGAUGACCUUCACCAUUACCUCAAGUCGCACCAGCCCACAGACUAUAACAUUGCAACAUCCAUCUUGGUGGACUUUGCGUCCAAGCACCGACUGUAUGACCUGCUCAUAAUGAUCGCCAAUCAUGUCGUUCACAAUGAGGACCGACAGAUGAUGCUCUGUUUAUCACCUUUGGAACAACCAUUAUGUCUCGAAUCACUAGUGAAGCUUGAGACAAGUAGUCCCCCACUAUUCAAUCGACUUGCCUCCGGUGGUGACAUCAGCUUUAUGAAGCAUGUCCAACAUCUCAUGCCAGAGUACUUGUACUGGCUCGAUCAUGAGCUUCCAAACAAAACACUGUAUGACUUGGAGUUGUUACAAUGUGCAUUGUCUGGUGGCCACUAUGAGUGCGCACUCUACAUCCUGGACAACAUCACUCCUGCACUUAGACCUGAUGUUGUUAGAUUCGAAAGGCCAAAAUGGAUUGUGUCAGGCAUCAACAUGUCCAACAAUCACAACUGGAUAGACUUGAUCGAAACACUGAUCAAACAUGACAAUGUGGAGCUCAGCACCCGUAGCUUGACCCUGUACUCAGAUGCGAUCAAAGCCAGACGAUUGGAUGUGAUUGAACACUUGGAGCAAAUGAUCAGAGACCCAAAUUCAUUGAUCGGGAUCGAUAUUGAUAAAGCACUCAACGUGGCACUCAAAGUACAAUAUGUCGACGCCAUCAAGACAAUCAUUCACAAUCGUCCAGGUCAUGUCUAUCAUGGGAUCAAGCUGUACCUCAUUGAUCAAUGCACACCUGAAAUCCAAGACAUGUUCCUAGCGAGUGUGCAUCCUAGUCAAAGCAUUGACUUGGACAUAUUCGGCUUGCCAAGACAAGAAUUUAUUCCUGCCAACAUUUCAGCCAACACGAUCAGGAUGUUUAUCAAGCAUGAACACCAUCCAAAUUGCUGGUGGACACUGCUCAGAAGUGCCGAUCUGUUAAAUGAGCGAGAGCUAAUAGACAUACUGAGCACACAUGGACCUGGCACCUCGCCGUACAUUGGAGAUCCAUGGAGGUUUGGUGAUGAAAGUAUCAAGUACCAAUUGUCAGAAUUUGACCCUGAUACUCACCAAGACCAGAUGGUAUACAUCCUGCACAAUGAGAGACAUUGGACCAGGAUCGACUCACUACUGGCCACACAAAAGCACUUGUCUCGACCUGGCGCAACACUUGGAAGACUGAUUGAAUCUGAUGUCCUGGCACUCUUCAACUUGCUGCCUCCACAACCUUUUGAUACCUUUGUAUUUGAAUAUCAAGCGGAUGUCAGUCGAUUGGACAUCGAUCGCAUCGAGUUCAUUUGGAGUAAAUUGAGUGACACAAUCAAACGUGAUCAAAAUUACAUCAAUGAUGUAUUGUCAUCAUAUGCUGCCAUCAACAAUAUUACAAUGUACCAAUAUGUUUUGGACUAUUUGAUCAAGGACAAUCACUUCCAAGAUGCAUUCAUCAGUGCACCAACAAUCAAACAGAUCAAAGAUAAUAUCCAACAAUAUCGAAGAUAUUCAUCGAUUCGAUUGAUUGUCGAGUUGUUCAACCCACUCCGCUUCAUUGAUCAAUCAUCAACAACAAGUCCAUACCAACGACUUCUCAUUCCACUCACAACAUCCGAGUUCCAACAAUAUCAAUCACUCCUCAUCAACCUUGGCGUCUUCAAUCCACCACCAUCCAUCCAU